GUCAGCGGGGGGAUCAAAUUGAAACGAUAGAGUCUGGGAGUGAUCAAACUUCAAAAGAGGAAGUCCAAGACGAACACUUGGACGCUUUUGUGAUGGAAACGGCGGGCGGUGGCGGCGAGUCCAAGUCAGAUACCAGCAGCAGCAGCAGCAGCAGCAGGCUACUCACACUCCACAAUGCAUUGAUCGUCACCAUGGAUCCUCAGAGUCGAGUUUUCCGUGACGGAGCAAUCGUAAUCGAACACAAUACCAUCAUAGCCAUCGGCCACUCCCCUCAAAUCCUGGCUCAAUUUUCUUCUCUCCCCUCGUCGCAGCUCCUGGACCUCCAGGGCCAAUUCCUUCUACCUGGCUUCAUAAACACCCACGUACACACAUCUCAGCAGCUGGCCAGAGGAAUUGCCGAUGACGUCCCUUUGCUCACCUGGCUACACAACUGUAUUUGGCCCUAUGAGUCCAAUAUGACUCCCCACGAUUCUUACAUCUCUACUUUACUCUGCGGAAUUGAACUUAUUCACUCCGGGGUGACGUGCUUCGCUGAGGCGGGAGGGCAGCAUGUAUCUGAGAUGGCUAGAGCAGUGGAACUGCUGGGAUUGCGGGCUUGCUUGACGGAAUCAAUUAUGGAUUGUGGCGAGGGUUUGCCGAUGGCUUGGGCCAAUCGGACCACUCAACACUGUAUUCAGUCUCAAAAAGAAUUGUAUAAGAAGCACCAUAAUACUGCAGAUGGACGCAUCAGAAUAUGGCUUGGAAUAAGGCAGAUCAUGAAUGCCACUGAUCUAUUACUUACACAAACAAGAGACACAGCUAAAGAACUUCAAACUGGAAUCCAUAUGCAUGUUGCAGAGAUACCCUACGAGAACCAAUACGUGGCAAACAAUCGUGGGGUUGAUCAUGGGACAGUUGCAUAUCUUGAAAAAAUCAAGUUCCUGGAAGAUAAUUUGCUGGCAGCUCAUACUGUUUGGGUAAACCCAGGCGAGAUUUCUUCCCUAUCAAAGGCCAGUGUUAAAGUGUCACAUUGUCCUGCUGCUGCAAUGCGCAUGCUUGGAUUUGCACCCAUAAGGGAAAUGCUUGAUGCUGGAGUAUGUGUGUCCUUGGGAACAGAUGGUGCACCAUCAAAUAACAGGAUGAGUAUUGUUGAUGAGAUGUACCUAGCUUCUCUAAUCAACAAAGGACGAGAAGUCUUUUAUAAAGGAACUACUGAUCCUACUGCUCUUCCUGCUGAAAUAAUUCUCAGAAUGGUGACAAGCAAUGGCGCAAAAUCAAUUCUCUGGCACAAAGAAAUUGGGUCACUUGAGGUUGGAAAGAAGGCUGACAUGAUUGUGAUCAAUCCUUCCUCUUGGUCCAUGGUACCUCUUCAUGACUGCAUUUCCAGCCUUGUAUAUUGCAUGCGAUCUGAGAAUAUCCAGUCCGUUAUGUGCAAUGGAGAGUGGAUCAUGAAGGAUCGCAAAAUACUUAAGGUGGAUGAGAGUGACGUCAUUUCAAUGGCCAAGCAUGCUUCUGUUGAGCUAAUGAAGAGGGCAGGCAUCACCGUACCAAGUAGAAUGACCAUCUUGUAACUGCCCUUGCCCCUGAAUGUUUCCGUAGAGUCAGCUGCAAGAAAUGCCCGCUUGACGGUCUCUUGAAAUCUGCAAGGGGCAUGAAAGAAAAAGAGAUGCGGACUCUGGAUCCUUGAGAGAGAGUUACUGAUUUACUGGGUUAACCGUCUCCGCCAAAUUAUAAGUUUGUUAAAAUAA